AUGGAAUCCCAGGUGCGUCAGAACUACCACGCUGACGAGGCCGCCAUUAACAGGAUGGUCAACCUGGAGAUGUUCGCCUCCUACACCUACACCUCUAUGGCUUAUUACUUCUGCCGCGACGACGUGGCUCUGCCGGGUUUCUCCCACUUCUUCAAGGAGAACAGUGAGGAGGAGAGGGAGCACGCCGAGAAGCUGCUGUCCUUUCAGAAUAAGAGAGGAGGCCGAAUCUUCCUCCAGGAUAUCAAGAAACCAGAGAAGGAUGAGUGGGGCAGUGGGCUGGAAGCCAUGCAGUGUGCUCUGCAGCUGGAGAAAAAUGUCAACCAGGCUCUGCUGGAUCUGCACAAGUUGGCCUCUGAUCGGGUUGAUCCCCAUCUGUGUGACUUCCUCACUACCUGA